AUGAAUCGAAACACUACCCCGAGUCCUGCAUCUACCGUUGUGUCACUGACAGACUCUCGAGAUAGCGUAACACGCCGUCGUGACAAUAUGGCCCCCUCUACACAGACUGCCCAGAUAGACUUUCUGAAAAGGCAGCUGCAAUCAUUGACACAGGCCAAGGCUCAGACUAGCAAGAAGUGCGAUGAUUUGUUCCGGGAUAUUUCUUCUUGGUCUGAAAAGUUCGAAAAGGAAAAGACUAGACGGACGCAAAGCGAGGAAAAGCUGUCGAAAGAACGCCGUGCAUUCAUUGGACUCAAGAAGGAAAUGCAGGAGCUCAAGGAAAAGACUGAUAAGGAAGUGAGGGAAGUCAAGUCUCAUCUCGAAAAUGAGAGGAAGAAGUGGAUGGGACAGGGGCUGUCUACUAAUAGGAAGCCCAAGGGUGCCGUUCAAGCCAAUGCCUCCAAUCUCCAAAGCCGCAUCAAGUAUCUGGAAGAAGAAAACGCUCGACUGGAAAUGCUAACCAAACACCACGAUUGCGAGAAGAUUUACGACGACGCCCAACAGCAAAUCGAUGAUGCUAUGACCCUCCUGCGAGCUGCGGAAGCCGAGGCCGAGGAGCUGCGCUAUCUUGAGAGUGCUAAUGAAGAGCUUACGGAGCAACACUACUUUGACACACAAAAGAUCGAAGAACUCUUUGAUGAGCUGGAGUGUUGCAGGGCCACGGUGGAGAAACUCGAAGAAGAGAUUGCUGCUGCUGAUGAGCAGCGGGGCUUGGAAUCACCUGUAUCUUCCAAUUCUGAUAUCUCUGAUGUCUCAGAUAUUUCACCCGGUGAGUCACCAACGCCCACCGAACCUUUGGAUGAAACCUCAGAAACUGAUUACCUUAGACAGUCUCUCCACGACGCAGAAACUGAAAACGAAAACCUCAUCCGCGCAUUCGCCAAGCUCUCCCACGAGCACUGCGAUACAAUGGCCGAACUAGACAGGUUUUCUGAACACGUAACCUUCCUGACUAACGCAAACCUCGACCUCGAGGCGCGAAACGACGUUCUAGAAUCCCAACUCGAGACCGCUAUCCAGCUUCUCCGCGCCACAACCGAGGAGACCGGGCAGAAUCCUCCAGCCCACCACCGCACCCACACUACCUUCUCAGACCCAGACUUCGUCGAUGACCUGCCCACACCCGAUCGCGAUUCCCCCAUCCCCAUCACCAUUCGACUAUACGAGAAACGCGACUGGCCCCUUCUGUACCAUGUCCAGCGCACCUUGUUCGGUACUCUUCCCUUGCAAGUCGACGGUCCUUUGCGUCUCGUGCGCGAGUUCGUGGCUACGAUGAAAGAUUCAGACCAUGAAUUUCAGGAGAUGAAGGAGCGGGUGGAGAAGUUGGAGGGGGCGUUUGCGGUGGGGGUUCAGGAGGUGGAAAAGUUGAAGAAAGGUAGGUAG